GAGUAGACGCAUCUCCCACUCUAACUCUGUUGCCGUCCUGGCAGCUCCGGUUAAUGGAUUAUAUACUUUCCCUUCAAGUACGACAUCAGCUGCCAGUGCUCCCGACAAAAUUCUGUGAGGGAUACAGCACAGAGUUACAGAUGAAGUCUACAGAAGUGGACCAAGGGCUUUUCACAGACACCUACUGCAGAGUUUGCAGUGCUCAGCUCAUCUCCGAGUCCCAGAGGGUCGCUCAUUAUGAGAGCCGAAAACAUGCAAAUAAAGUGCGACUUUAUUACAUGUUACAUCCUGUGGAUGGAGGCUGCCCUGCCAAGAAGCUCAGGACAGACAAUGGCAGCGAUGAAGGUGACGUGGACAAGAAUAAAUGUUGCACGCUGUGUAACAUGUCCUUCACAUCAGCAGUGGUUGCACAGUCGCACUACCAGGGUAAAAUCCAUGCCAAGAGGCUAAAACUUCUGUUUGGGGAUGAGAGUGCCAUCACAACUAAAGAGGCCUCUCCCAGUCCUGUAAAGAGCUCUCCAGACUCAUCUCCCAUUACCUACCCGCGACAACAACGCGACUCGGAUCGGUACUGCCAACUAUGCAACGCUUGGUUCAACAACCCCGGCAUGGCCCAGCAGCAUUAUGAUGGUAAAAAGCACAAGAAGAAUGCUGCCCGAGCAGACUUGCUGGAGCAGCUGGGCAAGACUCUGGACAUGGGGGAUAUGAAAGGUCUGAAACGAAGCUAUACCUGUGAAGUGUGCAGCGUGACAUUGAAUUCGGUGGCACAGUACCACGCGCAUCUGCAAGGCUCAAAGCACCAAAACAAGACUUGGGAAUAGCUUGAAAGCACGUUAACAACAAACAUACUCCCCUUCACCCUCAGAAACUAGACAGGACAAAGGGAGUGAACAUGCAGAACAAUGGUAAGGCCUUGUGGUGGAACUGGGGCGCGACAGUAUGUCUGCAGGCCUGUCGGUUGCUGAGCCCCAGGAGGAACCACCAGCGCCACACAGGAAAGGUCUUUCUCCAGAGCUGCCUCAAACACACAUACGCACACACACCCGCACGCACACUUACACAACGUACAAACACAGAUUGAUCAAGACAAUAGUGAACAAGAAAGGGCCCCAUCCUGACCAAGCCCUGGACAUGUCUCUGCUGUAGCUCCAGGGACUCAUCUCACACAAACUCAGAACAGACCGUCCUGGCAGACGCACACACUUACAAAGGGGUCAGAACUUUCAUGGAAGACUUGACAGAUUCAGACUUGCUCAUUGUCUGUUUACUCAGCACAUUCCGUCAAAGCUGAGUUCCCGAUAAGGCCAGAACAUAUAAUGGAGACAAAAAAACAGUUCUUUUGAAUUUUAAAUGAACGUGGCAUGCCUGUUUUUAGGAGGAAGCCAAAACACCCUCGGGAAAGUCAUUGAAGGGAGAACAAGUUAAUGCCACACAAUAAGAGCCGGGCCAGAAUCAAACCUGAAUCUCAGCAUUGUGAGGCAUACUUUCUGAACAACUUGUCCAUCGUGCUGUCCAUUUUCUGCUGCUAAUCCAUCCAUCCAUUUUUUGUACCGCUUAGUCCCCACGGGGGUAGAUCACAAAAUAAAGUUGAUGUUAUUGUUUUAUACGCUUCAAUUUGCUUCUAAAUUGUGUUUGAUCUGUCUCUAGAUUUGUGAUAAUUUACCUGUAUCAGUAUUAUUGAAAUUAACUGAAAAAAAAGACCAUAGCAUUUUCAACAUGUUUCUAGUUGAGAAAAGAGGCAGCAUACACCCUGAACUGGUCAGCAACCAAUCACAGGGCACAUAGAAACA